AAGAGAUCCGUUCUUCUUCCCGAACUCCUUCGCCGUGGGUUUUCAACGGUGGUCGCCGCUUCUAUGUUCUUGGAAGCUCCAUCGCUAGAGUUUUCAUGGGUGAACCAGGGCCGCCGGGGCAUCCGAAGCACCCGGCUGCUCUGAUCGCGACUCUCUCCAACGCCGUCGAGGCUGUUGGCCGUGGCUUCGAUGUCACCGCUGACUCGCGUCUUCUUUACUGCAAGGGCGCACCUGGAUCCCGCCUGCUCCAGCUUGACAAAACCCUUUCGUGGGACUUCGUUGUCUCUGAAGUUGGCGCUGUUCUCGCUGGUGUUCCCUCUGAUGUGGAUAUCGUUAGAGGAAGGCCGGGGAGAGAGACGACUCCAGUCUGUAGUUUUCGAGAAAUGGCAACUCAUUUCAACAAGAAGUCAUCUCUCACAGAAUCAAUACCUCUCGGAAGCUUUAAUUCCUUGUUCAGUUUAACGGGGUCAUGGAAAACUGAUGAAGCAACAGUAAAAGCCCUGGCAGUCGUGGGUUAUUACAUCCCACUUUUUAAGGCUAAAUUGGUGAAUUCUCAAUUAGUUUUGCAUGAUGAUUUAAAGCGUGCAGUUCCUCGUGCUUGGGAACCUUCUUCUUUAGCUAGUUUCAUUGAAAACUUUGGGACACAUAUUAUCACUUCCGUGACUAUUGGCGGUAGAGAUGAAAUAUAUGUCAAGCAACAUCGUUCAUCUUCUUUGCCUCCUUCAGAAAUCGAGAAAUAUGUAAAUGGUAUUGGAGAUCAAAGGUUUUCACUCCUGGAGAACCAGUUUGGUGAAUUAUCGCUGUUGAAUAGCCAGGAGACUCGAACUUUGCCAUCUGACAUUCCACAUCUCACUGGUAAAGAGGAUGUUACAGUAAUAUUCAGAAGGAGAGGCGGUGAUGAUCUCGUUCAGAAUCAUAUUGAUUGGGCAAAAACUGUUGCUUCGGCACCAGAUGUUAUCAACAUGACUUUCAUUCCCAUCGUCUCGCUACUGGACGAACUGCCCGCAAUAAAAUAUCUAGCUCGUGCAAUUGAUCUGUAUUUGGAGUUCAAACCACCUAUAGAGGAGCUGCAGUAUUUCUUGGAUUUUCAAGUUGAAAGAGUCUGGGCUCCAGCACAAGAUAAUAUUCCUGGUCAUCAGAGGAAGGAACCAGUGUGUCCUUCACUCCAGUUUAGCUUAAUGGGGCCCAAACUUUAUGUCAGUUCACACCAGAUAUCUGUAGGGCGUAGGCCUGUCACCGGUCUCAGGCUAUGUCUAGAAGGAACCAAACAGAACCGGCUCGCCAUCCAUCUACAACAUCUCGCUUCUCUCCCCAAAAUCCUUCUCCCCCACUGGGAUUCGCACAUCGGUAUUGGUCCGCCCAAGUGGAAAGGCCCCGAAGAACAAGACAGCCGCUGGUUUGAACCGAUCAAAUGGAAGAACUUUGCUCAUGUGAGCACUGCACCCAUCGAACACACCGACACCACCAUCGGCGACCUUUCCGGCGUUUACAUAGUUACUGGAGCUCAACUCGGAGUGUGGGAUUUCGGCGCGAAGAGUGUUCUUCACCUCAAACUCCUCUUCUCGAGAGUUCCGGGUUGCACGAUAAGAAGAUCGGUCUGGGAUCACAGCCCUGAUCCGAAGCUGGAUGACGAUGUUUCGACGUGCCCGUCGUCGUCAAGUGAGCAGUCAGGUCAUGUCGGGAAGCUGGGGAAGAUUGUGGAUGCAACGAAGAUGUUGAAGGGGCCGCAGGACUCGCCGGGGCACUGGUUGGUUACCGGAGCGAAGCUGGGGGUGGAGAAAGGGAAGAUUGUUGUUCGAUUAAAGUAUUCCUUGUUGAAUUACUGAAGAUUAUUGUUGUUGUUGUUGUAUUUGGGUUCAUCUUGGGUGAAGCAUUCUUUGCACAGGUAACAAAGAUGGUUCUUUUGUUUUUGCUGUACAUUAUUUAGGUAUAUUCACCAUUAAUGGGAUUGGCUUCUUCUUCUUUUUUUUUUUUUGGGCAUUUUGAUUUGAUUUUGUUAUAGUUGAGAAAAAGUUUUCUUGUUGAUGUAUGUUGUACUUUUUAAAUAAGUUAAUGUUGAGGGUAGAGCUUUCCUGUACAAGGUCUGGUGCUUGAGGAUGUCUUUCAUCUUUU